CGAGGGCGAGCCGGGGGCGCGGGCAGGCUGAGGCGCCGAGCUGCAGCGCACAGCGGGCGGACUGGGACGCGAACUGACGCGGCGGACCGAGUUUGGUUAGUGCUGCUUGCUGCUCAUCCUCCUCACUGUGCUGGACUUGAUAUCUUCAGUCAUUCAAGCUUGCCCAAGAUGGGAGUUCAUUUUCUAUGAGCCAAGCCUCAGAAGCAGGAAGACAGGAACCGUCUCUGCCAGUCAGGAAACCCCCACAAGUACUUUGCCAUGGAGGCAGAAGAUGAAGAGAGCAUGAGUUCCAGCAGCGCAGAUGUUAAAGAAAACCGCAAUCUGGGCAACAUGUCCCCCAGGGACAGUGGCACACCUGGGCCCGGCGAGGGCACUCCACUCUCCAAUGGGGGUGGUGGCGGAAGUGGCAGGAAGCGGCCACUGGAGGAGGGCAACAACGGCCAUGCAAGGUACCGCCUGAAGAAGCGGAGGAAGAUGCCAGGGCCCGUGCUGCCUAAGAACGCACUGAUGCAGCUGAACGAGAUCAAGCCAGGGCUGCAGUACACGCUGCUGUCACAGACGGGGCCUGUGCAUGCCCCACGCUUUGUCAUGUCUGUGGAGGUCAACGGGCAGGUGUUUGAGGGCUCAGGUCCCACCAAGAAGAAGGCCAAACUGCAUGCAGCCGAGAAGGCCCUGCGCUCCUUUGUGCAGUUUCCCAAUGCCUCCGAGGCCCACCUGGCCAUGGGCAGGACCCUGUCAGUGAACACAGACUUCACAUCCGACCAGGCUGACUUCCCAGACACGCUCUUCAAUGGUUUUGAGACACCUGACAAGUCAGAGCCGCCUUUCUAUGUGGGCUCCAAUGGUGAUGACUCCUUUAGCUCCAGCGGGGACAUCAGCCUGUCAGCCUCACCAGUGCCUGCCAGCCUGGCCCAGCCACCGCUGCCCGUGCCACCUCCCUUCCCACCGCCAAGUGGGAAGAACCCGGUGAUGAUCUUGAAUGAGCUGCGUCCAGGGCUCAAGUAUGAUUUCCUGUCUGAGAGUGGUGAGAGCCAUGCCAAGAGUUUCGUCAUGUCGGUGGUCGUGGACGGCCAGUUCUUUGAGGGCUCGGGGAGGAACAAGAAACUGGCCAAGGCCCGAGCUGCCCAGUCUGCCUUGGCCACCAUCUUCAACUUGCACUUGGACCAGACACCGUCUCGCCAGCCUGUGCUCAGUGAGGGCCUGCAGCUGCACUUGCCACAGGUAUUGGCAGACGCCGUCUCGCGCCUGGUCCUGGGUCAGUUCAGUGACCUGACAGACAACUUUUCCUCACCACAUGCACGCAGAAAGGUGCUAGCCGGAGUCGUCAUGACCACAGGCACGGAUGUCAAAGAUGCCAAAGUGAUCAGUGUUUCGACAGGGACAAAGUGUAUCAAUGGGGAGUACAUGAGCGACCGUGGGCUGGCACUGAAUGACUGCCAUGCAGAGAUCAUCUCCCGGAGGUCUCUACUGAGGUUUCUCUACACCCAGCUGGAGCUCUACUUGACUAGCAAAGAUGACCAGAAAAGAUCCAUCUUUCAGAAGUCAGAGCGAGGCGGGUUCCGGCUAAAGGACACUGUUCAGUUCCACCUGUACAUCAGCACCUCGCCCUGUGGUGAUGCUAGGAUCUUCUCCCCGCAUGAGCCAGUGCUGGAAGGUUCUGAACGCCCUGCUUUUCUCUUAGAACCAGCAGACAGACAUCCAAAUCGUAAAGCAAGGGGACAGCUGCGCACAAAAAUAGAGUCCGGGGAGGGGACAAUUCCAGUGCGCUCGAACGCCAGCAUCCAGACUUGGGAUGGCGUGCUACAGGGGGAGAGGCUGCUUACCAUGUCCUGCAGUGACAAGAUUGCCCGCUGGAACGUGGUGGGCAUUCAGGGAUCCCUGCUCAGCAUCUUCAUAGAGCCCAUCUACUUCUCCAGCAUCAUCCUGGGCAGCCUGUACCAUGGGGACCAUCUCUCCCGGGCCAUGUACCAGCGCAUCUCCAACAUAGAGGACCUGCCGCCACUCUACACCCUCAACAAGCCCCUGCUCAGCGGAAUCAGUAAUGCAGAGGCACGACAGCCAGGGAAGGCUCCCAACUUUAGUGUCAACUGGACGGUAGGGGACUCCACCAUUGAGGUCAUCAAUGCCACGACGGGCAAGGACGAGCUGGGCCGUGCGUCGCGCCUGUGUAAGCACGCAUUGUACUGUCGCUGGAUGCGUGUGCACGGCAAGGUCCCCCUACACUUGCAGCGUAGCAGGAUCACCAAGCCCACCACGUACCACGAGUCCAAGCUGGCAGCGCGGGAGUAUCAGACCGCCAAGGCCCGCCUGUUCACUGCCUUCAUCAAGGCAGGGCUGGGCGCCUGGGUGGAGAAGCCCACGGAGCAGGACCAGUUCUCACUCACGCCCUGACCCUGGCGGGACCCCGGCACUAAACCCCAAACCUCACACCUGAACUGAGCAGGUGCACUCCUGGGGGACACGUAGGGGCACAGAGUCCCAGUGUCAGCCCCGUGUCCCACACCUGAACCAGGGCAGGCACGGGGGCACUUGGGGUGCAGGGCAUCUCACUCUGAACUGGGGCACAAGGAGGUGGGCCCAGCACUACUGCCCACUUUCCCCUGGCCCUACGUUCCCUGCCCUGUUACCCAGUGACUGCUUCCAACCUCAGUUUACCUUAGACAUUGAGUUCUACUGAGUAGGGCUUCCUUAAGUUUAGGAAAAUAGAAACUACUUUGUGUGAAAUUCUUGAAUAAAUAAUUUAUUCAGAGUUAGGAAUGUGGUUUAUAAAAUAAGUAAUUAUGUCAGGUCACUUUAUGCCACAUUAUUUUAAUUGCAAAAUUUCUACACGGAGGAGAGUGAGAAGGUGGAGAUAGGGCAUGGAGCCCUUGGGAUUGGCGCACAUCCUUUGCAGGCCUGGCCCCACAUUCUUCACCGUUAGCUGCACAGAGUAAGUUUUACUGUCCCUUGGCAAUACUAGCAUGCUGUCAUGUGUCCCUGAGGCACAUGCUGGGCCCCCAUGGUAACUCUGCUGCCACAGCCCUGCUAGAGGCUUCCAUGCUCUGAGGGGAUCAGAUCAUAGAAACUCUUACUUCACUUUCAAAUAAUCCCGGUAAGACUCAUUUAUAGAGGCCCCAUCCUGGCCACUUCUUUGGUGGCGUGGUCAACAGGGCUUGGCUCUGAACUUCUGUACCCCUCCUGGGGACCUGCACAUGGAAGGACAAUGGCCCAGGGAAGCCCAGGAUGGAACUAGCAUUGCCUCGUAGCCACUCAUCCUUGGAGCAUGCUGCAGAAAGCGUGUUCUUAAGUUACUCUAUUUAGCUUUAUCAAAGACAUAUUUGAAAACUAAAAAGCAUGUAGCCUGGAGCUGGUGAGAUGGUGUGAUGCUGGUGAGGUGCAGUCCAGCAUCAGUGUCGUGAGGUAGAGCUCAGGUGCUGCUGGCACCAGGAGGGGCCUGGGGACGCUGCUCAGCAACCCCAGAGCACAGGACGGCCCAGCAGCUGGAGCCUGGUGUGACCACCUGGGCCUGGGCCAGAGACCUGCACCAGGUGCCUUGUAGCUUCCACUCAGGGUUAGAGGAGCUGGGAAAGGUGCGUGCGCUGCUGCCAUGGGCUCAGCGCCAACUGCACUCUGGGGGUCGCAGAAGGGAAAUUGGGGGCCAGGAGCGGAAAGGUGCAGACCCCACCCUACAGCGUAAUCACCAUGGCCACCACCAGGGUGCUGAUGCCCGUGCCACUGAGCUGUGCACAGAUAUCUGAAGACCACACAGGAGCAGCAUGGGGUUCUCAUGACUCCCCUGGGCCUGUGGGGGCAGCACCUCUUUGGUGGGACCCAUGUGCCUCAGGGUCAAGUGCCCUGCCUGCGCAUGUCAGAUCUGGGGCAAGUGUGCCUGCGCACUGGCUUUCUCUGCAGUUGCUCUAUAAAUUGUAUUUUUUGUAGUGGGGAUUGGGAGAUGGACUUAGUUUUUAAGAAAUAUGUGGAUUUUGGGUUUAAAGUCCAGUGCAUAUGUGUUCCAUAUACAUAAAAACAAAACCACUCAGUAUGUCUGGCUGUUCCUUCUGUCGGGUCAUGGCUGAAAAGUGCACAGUUGACCCACCCCCCAUCCCAGAAGCAAAUGUCCUUGGGUAUGGGGGAGAGGGAGGAAAGUGGCCUGGGGACCAGAGGGCAGGUUGUCACCUCCUCUUGCUGCCAGGACAAGACCACAGAGACGACUCAGCUGCACUAAGAGAGUGAGAAGCAGGCCCUCCGUGAGAGCGGCCAGGAUGCAUCGUACGUCACAUUACAUCAUCACUGCUCAGCUGUUCCCACAUCCUGCAUCUGCACAUGAAAAGACUUCACAGAAAACCAGACACAGCCAGGGAGUUGACAUUUUGGAGCCAGGAAAGCCCUUUAAGUACUGAGGACAUCUUGUUAAGCAGAGGGGAUCAGUUCUGUUAGGUCAGCGAACCCCGAGGUGUUACUUCCAUGGAGACCCUCUGCCUCAGGACAGCUCAGGAACAGCUCUGCUUGGUGAAGAAGUCAGAUGGGGGGUGGGUAAGGUGGCACACUCUGUAGACCUGGGCUGUCCCAGGUGGGGUUAGAGCCUAGGAAUGGCAGCCUGGUGGAUGUUGGCCACUGCCAGCCACCAUCACCUGUACCUUGCCCAGCAAAGGAUGCCAAAAGCUGCAGAUUUGAUUCUAAGUCUUCAUCUUCCAUCAUCCUUUCCUGUUUGGUAAAUUGUUCUGUGAUUAAAAGAAAUUGUUUUUAAAUGUG